GGGAUCCUACUAUCAGGUCUUGUUGGGCCAAGCCCGGUGUACUUCUCAGAUCGUGCAUUCACGGUUCAUGAUUCGGAUAAUCGCACGCGUGGGUUAGAAAGUUGUCUCGCACUUUUCUGUCCCAUGAAAGUCCAAGGCUGGAGGAUGAUUGCGUAGGGCUUCAAACGGCAGCGUUUUCUUGAUUGCUUGACAAUCACGCCCGUUAGUUGAGAUAGGCUAUUUUCAGUGUUUUAGUCCCUUCCCUAAACGGAAAUUUUGCCAAACUAACAAAGCUGAGUGGAUCUCUCAUUCUCUCUGAAUCCUCAAAACCCAGUCUUCUAGGGUUUGUGCUUGAGCAACUAACUGAUCAAAAUCCCUAAUUCAUGAAAAAUAAAAUUUUGAUGACAGAAUGUUGCAGAACGGAAAAUUGAUGCCGAAUCUGGACCAACAGAGCACAAAGCUGCUCAAUCUCACAGUUCUUCAACGAAUCGAUCCUUUCAUUGAGGAGAUUCUCAUUACCGCGGCUCAUGUUACCUUCUACGAGUUCAAUAUCGAGCUCAGCCAAUGGAGUCGCAAGGAUGUCGAAGGAUCCCUUUUCGUCGUUAAGAGGUGAGUUCGUUGACAUGAAUGCACAACCUCGGUUUCAGUUUAUUGUGAUGAACCGGCGUAAUACAGAUAAUUUGGUGGAAAAUCUGUUGGGAGAUUUUGAAUAUGAGAUCCAGGUUCCAUAUCUUUUAUACCGUAACGCAUCUCAAGAAGUUAACGGCAUUUGGUUCUACAAUGCUCAAGAGUGUGAAGUGGUUGCAAAUCUUUUUAGCAGGAUAUUGAAUGCAUACUCCAAGGUGCCUCAGAAGUCAAAAGUGUCAACAAAUAAAAGUGAAUUUGAGGAACUUGAAGCUGUCCCAGGUAUGGCAGUCAUGGAAGGUCCUCUGGAGCCACCAUCUUCGACUGCCUCCAAUGUCACUGAUGCCCCUGAUGAUCCUGCCUUUGUGAACUUCUUUAGCGCAGCUAUGAAUAUUGGUAAUCCUCCACAUGCAUCAGUUGCCGGUCAACCUUACCGAUCUUCUGCAAAAGUCCGUUCACCUUCCCUUCCUGUUAGUGUGCCCCCUGCCACUGUUCCAUCCUUGCAAAUGUCAUCUCCUUCUCUGCCUCCAUCUACUGCUUUAAUUCCACUUCUUGAUACCAUUGAAUCCAACAACAACAGCAACCGGACCACUAAUCUUGUAAAACCCUCUUCAUUUUUUGUUCCUCCUCCUUCUUUGGCUGCCAGGACAAUGCCACAUGUAUCUCCAUUACUGCCCACUGCUCCUCCACUCAACCCACCUGCGAAUCUGCGGCGUCCAUAUGGUGCUCCACUGCUUCAGCCUUUUCCACCGCCAACGCCACCUCCAUCUCUUACUCCUACAUCUUCUGUGCCUACUGCCAACUAUGGUCAAGUCCUCAACAGAGACAAAGUUCGAGAUGCCCUUUUGGUGCUUGUUCAGGAUGAUCAAUUCAUCGACCUGGUUUACCGAGCGCUGCUAAAUGCACAUAACUCGUGAUUUGUUGGAGGAGGCACCACCACCAUGGUGCUGGAGUUUUGUUUAUGUGUAGCUUUAUUCCUGGACUGUCGCUGUGUAAGAAGGCCCAAUUUGUAUAGUAUUUUGGCUCUUGUCAGUUCCUUUGGCUGUUUUAUCCCUAGAUAUUAUCACUAUCAUAUUUGUGCGUGCUAGUAAAGAUGUUCCAUUGGACGUUGUCCUUAUCAAAUGCAUGGGAAGUAUUUUUAAGUUGCAAGUCCUGGAACUCAAUUGAUGAUUUGUGUCAUGGCCUUGAAUGACGUUAACAAUUUUCACUGCAUUGUUUGGUACGCAACUUUCCGAACAUCCCAUCGUGGGUCCUUUUUUUAGAAAAUUUUUUUAAUGAAUUUAUCUAUUGUUACUUCUGUGCUCUGCCGCAGUAGAAUAUUUACAUCAUUUUUCAUUUAUUGGAAUACAAAAGUUAGUUCAAAUAUGUAAUUAUAAUUAUGAAAUAAAAAAUAAAAU